GGUAUGACACUCGGACAGUUUGGCAAUGUAUUUGACUACCGACGUGACAGCGCUGUCGCGUGAGAUGGGUGCAAACUGGAAAGCAGAUCAAAGAAGACGUAAAUUAUUUGACACUGGAUCUAAUGUUCCUGCAAGGGCAUCUUGUGACUGGAGCUAACGCCAAAUUCGAAAGAAUGAAGCGAGGUCUGAAAGAAAAGUCCUGAAAAUUCUGAAAGUACGGCAUUUACCACGAAGCAGAAUACCUCAGAAGAUGAGACGACUUCCAGUGAAACGCUACCGUUGCUCGUCGUGAAGAGCCGUUCGUCAUGGACAAAAGGAACAAGCGACGUGGUGGAAAAUGGACUCGUGCCAACAUGCAAUGGCACUUUCUACUCCUCGCUAGUUUGAUGCAAUACCUGCCCGCAGUGUACAGCGCAUCUUCAUCCACUGGAGGGCCUGCUUGCUCUGCUCCGAUUGUGCAAAACGGCACCACAUCAAUGACUGGCAACACAACUACUGCUGGUAGCACCGUGCACGUCACCUGCAACACAGGAUUUGCACUGGUGGGAAGUGCAAGCGCUACGUGCAGCAACGGCUCGCAGUGGCAGCCGGAGUUGCCCACUUGCCAGGAUGAGAACGAGUGCACAUCUUACCAGCACAAUUGCCCACCGCCCAUGACAUGCUUCAACUCGCAGGGAAGCUAUCAUUGCCAUUGUCUGUCUGGAUUUGCAGCCAAUACAUCCGCUACGGGACCUUGCCCAGCGUGCGUCUCUCCAUGGACACAGAUAACCCCCGGCUCUAUGUACUGCGGUCUGGCGUUGAAUGGCACCUACACGUAUCGGCAAGCCACAGCUCUCUGCCAGGCACAGCCAGAGGGCGAUGCAUGGUUGCCUAGAGUGUUUGCAAAGAGAGACAACGAUGACCUGGCAGGAUUCAUUCAAGGGGACACGUGGAUAGGCGCAUCCAGAAAUACUAAAGGGCAAUUUCACUGGGCUGGUACUAAAUACUCACUAAUGGGUACUUCAUACUGGAAUUGGGACAGAGAUGAGCCAAACAGCUCCUAUGCUGAUGCCGCAGUCAUGAUGAUGUCAUCCCAUGCGGAGCUGGGACUAUGGAGAGUGGUGUCGAAAUCUGACAGGCUCCAUGUGCUGUGUGUUAGAGAUUUACCAGCUUGCUUGCCACCACUGAUAAGCAAUGGGGAUAUCGGUUGGGAUAGCUUCUAUCUUGGCAGUUCAAUAAAUAUAAUCUGUAGCGCUGGAGCUAUCCUUAUUGGACAUGACACAAUCACAUGUAACGAGACCGUCGAGUGGACACCCGAUGCUCCAGUCUGUGUCCGGCCUCCGGAUAUAUUGACUGGCCUAAUGGAUCAGCACGUUCAGUAUGGAGAAAACAUUUCGUUCACGUUAUCGGCGAGAGGAAAUCCAAAGCCCUCUAUUACCUGGUGGCGCAAUGGUCAUCAGAUUUCCCAGGAAAAGGUCACCACCAGUGAUUUGGCCAGGACAUUUACAGACUUUACGGUUCUGUCGUCACUAACGAUACCCGAUGUCCAGCAAGGUGGUGUGGGUACUUACACAUGUGCUGCUGCAACAUCCCAUGGACUAGCAUCUAAUACGUCGGCUACUUUGACUGCAUAUGUUGUGUCCAGGCAACUGGUAGUGACUGGCCAAUCGGUGGAUUUUGCCUGUGAUAUCAGCGAAUCUCUAUCGGCAUCUACGAGAUGGUAUAGAAAUGGAACUGAGCUCAAUAGUGAUGACCUUCUUGGCCGAGUGUCAUUCUACAAGGGAGAUAAUGUCCUGACGAUCUUUCGCGCUGAACUCACUGACAGCGGAUUAUAUUACUGUACAGAACAUGGCAGUCUGGGUGCGAAGAGAAGCAAUAAUUACACAUCACUGCUGCUUCACUCACCUCCGGUACUGAUUUCACCGAUUCCGGAGUCGAUCGUUGCUUUCGCUGGAGCAUAUCUACAAGUGUUUGCAAUGUUCUAUGGGUAUACUGAGCCUAGUGUGGUAUGGUGUGUAAGAGAUAACGGCCAAUGUGAGCAGACACCCGUACCUCAAUGUGGUUCUAUGAACCAGACCACUACCAGCUUUGCUAGGGACACGCUGACAUUUCACACCAUUGAGCCAUGCGCUGCUGCAGAGUAUGACAUCGUUGCAAGCAACACAGCUGGUACUACGACACACCACACCAUCAUCGAUGUGAAAGAGGUUGCACAUGUCGGCAUACAAGGAACCUUCGGAUACCACCUACAAGGCACACUUCAACAUGACAGGAUUUCCACUGUUGGUGUUCGCGCAGACUUCUCGAAAUUAAUGAGUUCUUGGAUUGGUCAACUUGAUUUCAAAGUUCAGCAUUUUGAAUAUCAGAGUUUUGAGAAUUCUACCGUGCAGAUCCUAGCGGAUAUUGAAGUAAAAGCAAACCUACUAACCCAGAUUGAUAGAAAUGUUUCUGUUCCAAACAUCCGAACAAUGGUCACUGCUCUACUGAGAAAUGCCAGUACACCACUACAGCUGGUUGGAUCUUCCCUGCAGGAUUUUCAAGUUUAUGAUGUGUGUCAGGCUGAAGAGACGGAUGUUGUGGCCAGAGGGAAAUUCUCCUGGCGUCAGGCGUUCGCUGGCAAAGAGACCACCGCAGAGUGCGGUAUCAGAGUAGAUGAGAGCAUAGUCCGCUACGCCACAAGAUGGUGCAUGACUCUGCCCCGUCGUCACAACUACAGUUUGGUAAUGGGCAAGUGGCGACAGCCGAGGGCAGGCCACUGUCCGUCCAGAAUUACGAUUCAACUCUUCAAUAUCUCUCAGGACGAUUUCCAAGCCAAGACACAAGACGAAAUCCAAUUGGAUAUUGAAGCAAUAUCCAACUUGACGAGCACACCAGAUGAUCUGAACCCAGAUGAUAUCGACUAUGCAUCCAUUGCUAUCUUCAAGGCUGUGUGGGCAGCAGAUCACACACGACAGUGGGAUGUGGCAGUGUUGAAACGGAUUGCCAAGUUCACACUGAAGUCAAUCAACAACAUAGGCCUUGCAUCUCCCUACAAUUUACGGGCACCGGCCGCAGCUAGAUUGAUAAAAUCCAUGGAGAAGAUUCUGAAAAUCAUACCGCUGAAAUAUGGUGAAGUGUUCCAGGCUCAUGAGAGUGAAGUCGCCUUUGCCCUCGCCUCUCAAUUACCUGGACCGGCCAGUGAUAGCAUUCAGACUCAAUUUGAUCCGGUAAACAACACAUUCAAUAUGGCGCCGGACAGUAGCACGGAUGGCGCAAUGCAAGACACAAGUGCUUUCUCGUCUGUGUCAGUGAGCAUACCGAAGAGUGCAAUAACUGAAGCAACAAACAAUAUUCCUGACUCCGCACACGGAAUGUACCCGGUCGCCUCCACCUCGGUGAUCCUCUACCAAUCGAGGAGUUUGUUCCACGACCGGAAACUGAGUGAAAAUACAUCUGUAGUGUCGGACAUCGUCUCGGCACAAGUCGGCCUGGAAACAGUGGAUGUGUUAGAAGACCCAGUUCUGAUCACGUUCGACUUACUGAGUGGCGCUCAGAGAGAGACUGACGAAAUCAAGUGCGUGUACUGGGAUUUCAACUUGGCUGAUGGCACUGGUGGUUGGCAAGAUGAAGGCUGCAACGUGUCAAACAGCACCAUGUCUCCCAACAGCGCAGCGUGUGAAUGCUACCACAUGGCACACUUUGCAGUUCUCCUGAUUCGAAAUAUGACCAUCAGUGGAACCACCACCGCCGAGACAGUCCUGAAGUUCAUCUCAAUAAUAGGAUGCGCAGUGGCAAUGGUGGCUUUGCUGCUAACGAACGUGGUCAUCGUGUCCAUAAAGAAAUUGCGCCAGCGUCACCACCAUCAGAUGGUGUUUGGUCAGUGUGCCACACUGCUUCUGUUCAUGUCCGCCUUCAUUGUAGUCCUCUAUCACGAGCCAUUGGAGAACAGUCAUCAUUCCUGCCGUGGCCUGGCGAUCGUGCUUCACUUUCUGCUGCUCUGUGGCUUCAUGUUCACAUCGGUCGAUGCAACGUUUCUCUACAAGCAGACAGUGAUUGUGUUUGAAGAAAUCAGUUCCACCAUGCAACACUCCCUGCAUGUUUUGAUAUUGGGCAUACCGGUCAUAUUCGUCGGCCUCUCCGCAGCAAUAACCGGUGGAGAAGCGUACGGCGGACAGGAUUUGUGUUGGAUCAAUAGUGACAGCGUGUUCUAUGCGGCUCUUGUUCUCCCCGUGGCGAUUUGCCUCGGCUACAACAUUGUCGUUCUGCUCGCUGUUGUCAUCACCAUGCGGAAGAGCGGCAAGAAUCUGGCUGCUUCCUCGGCCAAGAAAACGACAAGCAGGCGUGCUAUGCUGGCGAUGGUCGUGUCCAUCUCAAUCCUGCUCGGGCUCACCUGGGUGUUUGGGUUUCUGUUACUCAUUUAUGAUAACCUGGUAUUUCAGUACAUCUUUGCUGUUCUCACCUCGCUGCAAGGUUUAGCGAUAUUUGCGCACGUCGUCCGUUCGCGAGAGGCAAAGGCCAGCUUUCAGACGCUGUUCAAAAAGUCGCAACCCCGCAGUUCAAGACGCAGCGGCUUUUCCCAAAGGGUCCGCAGCUAUUUCAAUCUCUCCAGUACCAAGUCAACCAGCGAUGGGCAGAGUAAGCACUCCAGGAGCAUCUCGAGUCUUUUUAGCACAAAGUCUAGUUCAAGCCUUGCAGCUAAGAAAGUUUCUUCAUCCAAGCUUCCUAGCACCUCGAGGGGACUCCAAACGUCGCAAGAUAAUUUGACUAAAUCUUUCACAUUCGCCAGUUCUGACGAUUCUUCUAGUCCCAAGCAAAAAGGAGAGAGGAUAUAUUUAAGUGUGGACUCUGAUCAGGAACAAUCCUCUUUGGGCUUAGAGGCAGUCGGGGCUCAGAGCGCUGACAAGUUGUAUAGUCCACACCAGAAAAAUGGCAUUGCUGCACAAAGUUCCAAGAGAUUCAAGUUUGAGCGAUAUCAUAGUGUUAUCUCUGGUCCAGCUUAGGUCAUUCCAUUCACCUACCUAUUGCGUAUAGUGAACCUAAACACGUGACACUAACAUUCUCAACGUCAUACUACUUUUGAGACGAACACUGUUCCUCUGUUUUCGAACCCCUCGAGUCUAUUAAUUUCCAAUAUUUUUCUCUGCUGGUAAGGGGUUUCCUCUCUCAUUUCGGAUGCUCUUUGCUAGCCGUACUCCAGCAGGUAGCCUCUGGCUUGUAAUUAUUUACUUAGUAGUAGUGGUACUUAGUAGUUGUUAUUAUUUGACUAGGGGAGUCCCAACAGGCUACUGCCUUUUUACUGGGAACCCUAGGUGAAGUUUAAUCAUAUUAAUGAACACGUUA